CUUCGCUCUAGCUUGUUGCAUUGAACAUGCAUCGUAUAUUACACGUUAGAAUUCGAUCUAAACAUUCAGAAUUAUAGGUAUUCCAUACCAAUAUACCGCUUCUGAUCCUAAAGAUCCAAACUGAUUGAAGCAUAAAGCGGCAUGUCUGUUUCUAUGAAAGAAGUUGACCCAGCCUUCCAAGGAGCUGGACAGAAAGAAGGAAUUGAGGUAUGGCGUAUUGAGAAUUCUAACCCCGUGGCGGUCCCUGAGUCUUCCUAUGGUAAAUUUUUUACAGGGGAAACUUAUAUGAUAUUAAAGACCAAUGCUUCAAAAAGUGGCGGCUUUCGAUAUGAUAUCCACUAUUGGAUAGGCAAAGAUGCCAGUGAAAAUGAAGCUGGUGUUGUAGCCAUAAAAUCGCUUGAACUUGAUGCAGCAGUUGGUGGACGAGCUGUUCAGUAUCGCGAAUUACAAGGACAUGAAACAGAGCGGUUCCUUUCUUGCUUUAAACCAUGUAUUAUACCUGAAGAAGCUGAGCCUCAAGAACACAAAACUCGUAUGUUUGUUUGUAAAGGAAAGCAUGUGGUUCAUGUACAAGAGGUUCCUUGUGCUCGGUCCUCUCUCAAUCAUGAGUCCAUUUUUAUAUUAGACAGUAAAAAUAAGAUAUUCCAGUUUAACGGGUCAAACACUUCCAUACAAGAAAGGGCUAAAGCAUUAGAAGUUGUGCAGUAUAUUAGAGAUACUUACCAUCGUUCAAAGUGUGAUAUAGCUACCAUCGAGGACGGGACACUGAUGUCUGAUGCCGAAGCUGGGGAAUUUUGGGGUUUCUUUGGUGGAUUUGCUCCACUUCCAAGAAAAAAAGCUGCGAACGAUGCUCAAAGUACUGAUGCUCCUCCUACUCAACUAUUUUGUGUCCAGAAAGGGGAAGUAGAACAUGUUGCUACGGAUUCGUUGACAAAGAAGUUACUAGACACAAAAAGUUGUUAUCUUCUGGAUUGUGGGACUGAACUGUAUGUGUGGGUGGGACGAAGUACUUCUCUCGAGGAAAGAAAAGCUGCAAACGGAGCUGCAGAAGAAUAUCUACGCGAACAGGAUAGACCAAAGUCUAAAAUAAUCCGCAUGAUUGAGAAUUUUGAAACAGUUUCUUUCCGAGCAAAGUUUGAUUCAUGGCCUCAAGUGACUGAUGUUGUAGCAUCUGAGGAUGGUAGAGGCAAGGUGGCCGCACUGCUAAAACGCCAAGGGCUUGAUGUUAAGGGUCUUGUUAAAGCUACCCCGAAACAAGAAGAGGAGGAAGAGGAGGAGCCUCAACCAUAUAUUGAUUGCAGUGGAACUUUGCAGGUGUGGCGCGUAAAUGGCAAAGAAAAGAGUCUACUAUCAGAGAAAGAUCAAAUAAAAUUCUACACUGGAGAUUGCUAUAUCUUUCAAUAUACAUAUUCGGGAGAUGUCCAAGAGGAGUGCAUUAUCGGGACAUGGUUUGGAAAGAAAAGUGUUCAGGAAGAUAAAAAUUCGGCUCUUUCACUAGCAAACAAGAUGCUUGAGGCAGUCAAGUUUCUGGCUACUCAGGCACGCGUUUACGAAGGAAAUGAGCCUAUCCUCUUCUAUCAGAUAUUUCAGAGUUUUAUGAUUCUCAAGGGUGGUCUCAGUAAUGGAUACAAGAAUUACAUAUCAGAGAAGGGACUACCAGAUGAUACCUAUAGAGAGGAUGGGAUCGCAUUAUUUCGAGUUCAAGGAUCUGGACCAGAAAACAUGCAAUCAAUUCAAGUUGAGCCUGUUGGUUCAUCCUUGAACUCUUCCUACUGUUACAUAUUACACAAAGAUUCAGUAGUCUUUACCUGGAACGGAAGGCAAACUACUGCCGACGGCCAAGAACUUGCCGAGAGGCAACUUGAUCUCAUUAAACCCAAUCUGCAGACCAGAGUUCACAGGGAAGGUGCAGAGUCUGACCAGUUUUGGGAAAUUUUAGGCGGAAAACAAGAAUACCCUUCUGAGAAAAUUCCAAGGGAGCAUGAAAGUGAUCCUCAUUUGUUCUCGUGCACAUUGUCCAAAGGCGACAAUUUGAAGGUGUGUGAGAUAUACAACUUCAACCAGGAUGAUUUGAUGACAGAAGAUAUCUAUAUCCUUGAUUGUCACACAAGCAUCUUUAUUUGGGUUGGCCAGGAGGUUAAUUCAAAAACCAAAACACAAGCAUUACUUAUUGGCGAGAAAUUUUUAGAACAAGAUGUUCUUCUCCAGAAAAUAUCUCCUCAAGCUCCUAUAUUCAUCAUAAUGGAAGCAAGCGAGCCGCCUUUUUUAACACGUUUCUUCAAAUGGGAUUCAACUAAAUCUGGGAUGCAUGGAAAUUCAUUCCAAAGGAAGCUCUCUAUGAUAAAAGACGGAGGUCGUUCAACUAUGAAUCUUAAACCCAAAAAAAGAGCUCCUGUAUCGUUUGGAGGAAGGUCAGCAUCAGAGAAACCGCAACGGUCAAGGAGUGUGUCAUUCAGCUCUGACCGACCACGUGCCAGAGGAAGAUCUCCAGCCUUUAAUGCUCUUGCUUCUAAGUUUGAUAAUCCCGGAGGAAGGAAUCUUUCAACUCCACCACCACUUGUAAAAAAACUUUAUCCAAAAGUUGGUGGUGCUAAUGAAGACGGUGGUGGGGGUGGUGGUGGAAGUGGCGGCGGCGGUGGUUCAGAUACCUCUAAAGCUCUUUCCAAGGCUAAGGCUAUAGCAUCACUUACCGCUUCUUUUGACAAACCAACACGAGAAAAACUUAUGCCUCGUUCGCUUAAAGUGAGCUCGGAUUCCGCUGCAAAAUCAGAUGCCCCCAAGGUUAAUCCAGUGAGCAGUAGAAUGGAGUCCUCAACAAAAAAAGAAGAUGCAAACGAGAAGGAGGCUGGAGUCGAGGAAGGAGUCACAUACCCAUAUGACCGUCUAACAACAUCAUCAACUGACCCUGCUCCAGAUAUUGAUGUAACUAGGCGAGAGAUAUAUCUAUCGAAGGCCGAGUUCAGGGAGAAAUUCAAUAUGACUAAAGAAGCAUUCUACAAAAUGCCACAAUGGAGACAAAACAAGAUGAAGAUUUCACUACAGUUGUUCUGA